AUCAGUCGGGAAAGGCGCUUAGACGUAAGCGGUUGAAUGCGAGAGUCGUUCGUAUCUAAAGGGUUCUUUUUACGUGGGAAAUUUGUGACAUACGUUUUUAUUUCAUUCAUGUUUUGCAAAUGCGAAUUUUAGAAGGGUUUUUUUAAAUGAGAGAAAAAUUAUUUUCUUAAACAACAUAUAUCAAUGGAUUUCAUGAAAUGGCAUUACGAACAGCCAAUAUUCCAUAAAUUGCAGGCGUAGGCAUGUGCAUUUUGUGUAGUUAAACGUUGGUAGCUACAGUUAUUUUCUUUAUGAUGUGAGUGCUGGUCACGUGGCCAGACGCACCCUCGCCGAGAAGGAAGCACACAGGCGGCGGGCGCAGCGGGGCUCGGCAUGGCGCUGCACUGGGACAAGCUGUCCCCGGGGGAGUUCCAACAGCUGCAGGAUUUCGCCGCUUACUCCACCAAGAAGUUGAAGGACGUGCUGGAGGAGUUCAGCAGCUCGGGCCCGCUGUCCAGGUACUCGCCGGACGGGGACAUCGACUAUGAGGGCUUCCGGUUGUUCAUGGACACCUACCUGGAGGUGGACACACCCGAGGACCUGUGUCGCCACCUCUUCCUGUCCUUCGUGAAGCGGCAGGAGGCGCGCGCUCUGACGCUCGACAGUCGCGGCAUGAAGGUGAGUGACCACAGCUCCAAGGAAGCACUCCUGACGGCGCACGCGCGCGGGCCCGGAUCGGCGCCCAACAUCGCGACGUGCGGCGUGGACCAGACUCUGGGGGCGCCCCACCAGGAGCGGCCCGCCAGCCGCCUGGCCGAGCGCUUCCACGGCUUCACGGAGCGGCUGCACGCGCUGGGGCACCGCUCCGACUCCGAGUCCUCUGCCCGCGGCCGCGCCGGCAGCCUGGGCGCCGCAGUGCACCCCAUGCUGACGGUGACGCAGACCUACUCGUGCCACGAGGCGGUGGACAAGAAGAGCGCAGACUCCUCGCCCAGCCACAGCCAGGUGUCGCGCAACUCGUCCCGCCGCUCCAACACCUCGCUGCUGGUCUCCAACGGCAAGCUGGAGGACAUGAGGCACCUGGUGCGCAAGUCCAGCAGCCUGGACGUGACCACUCUGCGCGUGUCCUUGAAGGACAUCGUGUGCUACCUGUCGCUCAUCGAGGGCGGCCGGCCCGAGGACAAGCUGGAGUUCAUGUUCCGGCUGUACGACACGGACGGCAACGGCGUGCUGGACACGAACGAGAUGGAUUGCAUCGUGAACCAGAUGAUGAACGUGGCAGAGUACCUCGGCUGGGACGUGAGCGAGCUGAAGCCGAUCCUGCAGGACAUGAUGGUGGAGAUAGACUACGACGCGGACGGCACGGUGUCCUUGGAGGAGUGGAAGAGGGGCGGCAUGACCACCAUCCCCCUGCUGGUGCUCCUGGGACUGGACACGAACGUGAAGGAGGACGGCCACCACCUGUGGAGGCUGAAGCACUUCAGCAAGCCGGCCUACUGCAACCUGUGUCUCAACAUGCUGGUGGGCCUGGGCAAGAAGGGGCUGUGCUGCGUCUUCUGCAAGUACACGGUGCACGAGCGCUGCGUGCAGCGGGCGCCCGCGUCCUGCAUCGCCACCUACGUCAAGUCCAAGAAGACGUCGCAGACGAUGGCGCACCACUGGGUGGAAGGCAACUGCCACGGCAAGUGCUCUCGCUGCAAGAAGACCAUCAAGAGCUACAACGGCAUCACAGGCCUGCACUGCCGCUGGUGCCAGAUCACGCUACACAACCGGUGCGCGUCGCAAGUGAAGCCGGACUGCAACCUGGGAGAGCACCGCGUGCACAUCCUGCCGCCCACGGCCAUCUGCCCCAUCGUGCUGGACCGCCAGCGCUCCAUCAGCAAGGACUCCAAGAAGUCCGGGCUGCAGCGCUCCGAGAGCCAGACGCCGUCCGACUCCAACCACUCGCUGCUGGGCGGGGCCAGCCAGGAGCAGCAGGGCCCCAUGUCCUUCCAGAUCGUGCCGCCGCCCAGCUGCUACCCGCUCGUGGUGUUCAUCAACCCCAAGUCGGGCGGGCGGCAGGGCGCGCGCAUGCUGCGCAAGUUCCAGUACCUGCUGAACCCGCGCCAGGUCUACAACCUGGCCAAGGGCGGGCCCAUGACCGGCCUCACCAUGUUCAAGGACGUGCCCAACUUCCGCGUCAUCUGCUGCGGCGGCGACGGCACCGUCGGCUGGGUGCUCGAGAACAUGGACCGGGUGCAGUUCGAGAAGCAGCCGUGCGUGGGCGUGGUGCCCCUGGGCACGGGCAACGACCUGGCGCGCUGCCUGCGCUGGGGCGGCGGCUACGAGGGCGAGUCCCUGCCCAAGCUGCUCAAGAAGAUCGAGCGCUCGACGCCCGUGAUGAUGGACCGCUGGCUGAUCGAGGUGACGGAGCAGCAGGACGACGGGGCGCCCCCAGGGGACCCGGUGCCCUACAACAUCAUCAACAACUACUUCUCCGUCGGCGUGGACGCGGCUAUCUGCGUCAAAUUCCACAUGGAGCGAGAGAAGAACCCCGAGAAGUUCAACAGCAGGAUGAAGAACAAGCUGUGGUACUUUGAGUUCGCGACGUCCGAGCAGUUCGCGGCGUCCUGCAAGAACCUGCACGAGGACCUGGAGAUCGUGUGCGACGGGGUGUCGCUGGACCUCGCCAACGGGCAAGCGCUGCAGGGCAUCGCGCUGCUCAACAUCCCGUACACGCAUGGCGGCUCCAACCUGUGGGGCGAGAACCACGGCAAGAAGAAGCUGCACUGCGGGCCGGGCGCGCGCCUGGGGCGGCGGCGCAAGGAGCGGCCCCGGGAGCCGGCCAGCUUCUCCUCCGUCGACCUCAGCGGCGCCAUCCAAGACAUCGGCGACAAGCUGAUCGAGGUGAUCGGGCUGGAGAACUGCCUGCACAUGGGCCAGGUGCGCACGGGCCUGCGCGCGUCCGGCCGCCGCCUGGCGCAGUGCUGCUCCGUCCUCAUCCGCACCAAGAAGAGGUUCCCCAUGCAGAUCGACGGCGAGCCCUGGAUGCAGCCCCCCUGCACGAUCAGCAUCACCCACAAGAACCAGGUCCCGAUGCUAAUGGCGCCGCCGGCCGAGAAGGGCCGAGGGCUGUUCAGCUUCCUGAAGAAGUGAGUCCGGGCCACCGACCCACCGACCCAACCCUGGGCCCGCCGGGACUGCAGUGGUGACGACGGGGCUAUUUUUAUACUGUAUCAUUGUUGAAACGAACAUGUGUUUUGUUAUUGUUGAGUACUGUUGAUGUAGUUUACGAGGGUAGAGUUGUUUAUUUUUUACAAGUUCCUGGGUAUCAGUUUUGCAAACCUGCAAAUUGUUUUCGCGGUCGGAACAUUAGCUGCGAGUACUUUUUCCUCUCGCAUGCUGUGCUUAGUGCUUCAGAUAUAAACAAACCGAUCAAACUUAAGAAUGGCCAUUAAUGCAAAAACCAAACCCCUUGACUUGACUGCAUGGAUCAGCUGUCCCAACUGUACACAUUCCUUUUUUAUUGGUUUAUUUUGUCAAAUUAAAAAAACAAUUCAAUCAGAAAAGUGAAUAUAAUAAACUAACUUCUCAGACUUAGAUUGCUACUCUGUUGGUAUCGGACUAAAUGACCCCAACUUAUCUUAAAUAUUUGAAAUGUCAGUUUGCCAAUAUUUUGUUUUUCAUGAGUCAGUAUGCCAAACCUUAGCUGUUUCCUUACACUGUUACUAUGGCAUAAACUCAAAACGUAAUACGACCAGCUAUUCUCCAAAAUGGAAUGAACACAAGUAUUCAUCAACAUAUUCAUUGUUUAGUAAGGAAGUUGUUUUCAUUAGUUAUUAAAACAUUAAGAUGUUGAUAUGGAUUCUUCUAUCUAAAUGUAACCUUUGUGCAUGUUUGUGAAACAAUUUCAUGUCCAAGUACCGUUGUUUAUGUAAUUUUUUUUUGUAUUCUUUUUAGGUCUUAGACAAUUACAAUUGUAAAAAUACUUUUUAGUAGUUAAAGAGAAUCAUUUAAAACUUUCGAACAUUUAGUGAAAUUUGGUCAUGUAAUUGUUUUUAAAAACAACGUAGCUAACUUAUUUUUUCAAUAUAAUGGGAAAAAAUUCAAUGAGAACUAAAAAAUAUCUAAAAUGAAAUUUGAAGAGAAUUUGAACUAAUAAAAUGGUUGUUAACUCACUCAUUCGUGAAAAGUAUAUAAAAAGUUUAUACGAGGGACUUUCAAUAAUUAAAGAGACAAAAUGAUGUAAAAAUGAAACAGUUUGUACGAGGAGUUUUGGAUUUUCAUGGCAUCACAUGGAUGAGCUGAGAACAGCUGACGGAUGAAAAUCUCAAUAAUGUAUUUAAUGAUGGCGUGUCCUCUUGAAGUUUCCUUAUUAGUUGAACAACGUUCAGUGAUCCAAGUUUUUUUUUUUUUUUUUUUGAGUGGAAAGCUAAAAUUAUAAAUUACAGUAUGGUGAAAGUUGUAUGAAGUUGUAAAUUUACACAAGUUUUUUCUACAUCAAUUUGUCUCUUAAAUUAUUGAAUGACCCUCGUAUGUUCCUCUCAAAUGCUUAUUAUUAUUAUUAUUAUUAUUAUUAGUAUUUUAUAUUUAAAGGGUUUAUUGCUUUUUGCGACAAAGUGUGAAACGUGUUUUUCAUCAGACAUGUUAAAAAAAACUCAAUUUUAAUGUUUCAGUAUUCUUUGAAACUUGAGGAAAACAAAUUGAAGAGCAUAAAAACUUGUCAUCAUUUAAAUGUUUUAGAUUCAAAAUUCACAAAAAAAAUAGAUUGAAUAUUGAAGAGCAUGAAUAAUAAAAAUUAAAGUAUGUUGUUGGUGUUUUUAACUAAUUUAAACUGAAUUAUAAUGUUAGUAUCACUGCAGGUCUGUGUGUUACAGCCUGUGGUAGGUUUUCGAGUGUCAUGAGCAUUGUAAUUUAUUAAAAUUAUUGUGAUGGAAAGUAGAAUUUUAAAAUCGCAAUCAAACUGUUAAAAGAAUUAAUUUCUGCAACAAAGCUCUCUAAACGCUCAGAAAAUGCCAAAAGGUAUUAUUUAAAUUCCAAGCACAAAUAUCUGCGCAGUGGCCAAUCUGAGGAAUAUACUUGAGUCAACGUAUAAAUAUUUUGACAUCAUUUUUAUAGUGCAACAUCCACUUAGAAAAUUUCAGUUUGAUAUUUAAAUGGCUCAUCACAGUUGUACGUACAAAUUGAGCUUUGAGCUCGGUCACACACCAGUGCUGGUUAAUCCAUUUUCUCGCCGCUGCUAUCGUUUGAAGUCUUUUCCUGUCAAUUUAUCUCGAUUCGAUAGCUUUCUUGCUAGUUUUCUUUUAGCGCCAAAUUUUGGUUACCUGACAUUUACCAAGUGUUAUCUAAUAGCGGUAAAAUUACACAAUGUUUAAAGUUUUGAUCUCUUGAGUCAAAGCUUGGAAAUAAUGUGUAGUAAAGUUCAGAAGAUUUAAAAGAGAAAAAAAAGCUACUUAUGGUUACAAACUUACAAGAGCAGUCCUUAAAAAAUAGCAAUUACAAUAAAUUUUUUUUAAAAAAUGUUGGCGAGUCUUUCAGCACUCGCCAGAGAUGUGUAACAUCUAACCUCAUAAACGAUGAGCAAAUUCAUGUGUUCUCAUGUUGCAAAUAAACUUUUAAUACAAAACUCACAGUCUAAAUUUAAUGCAUAAUUAUUUAAAAUAAUGUUGAGCAUGAAAAACUAUAAAACCUUUUUCCCUUUUUAAAAAAAUAACUAUAAUCAUGUUCAACAAGCUUGCGUCCUUGAGGUUAUACUUAUUUAGGUGUGUUGAAGGUUCAGUUUUAGUGUGCCCCAGAAAUGCAAUGAAAUAAGUGCUCAUUACACAAUGGACGUUUAACAGGUUGAAAGCCAAUGGGCAUUCAUGCAUAAAACUGCUAUAGCCACCAGCUGAAGUUGUCAAGAUGGCUGACCCAGUUGUGGCAACAUGCAGCCGUAUAUAUUAACUUUCGGGAACAUCGUGAGAUGUACUAAGCGUAUUGGUGUGCCAAAUUAAAAUUUAUGAUAGUGUAAACUAUCCUGGAAUACAUUUUGUAAACUUACAAACCAAAAACUAGUAUACAAUUUGUUGCGCUUAGAAAAUAAAAGUGUAUGCGUGGAGUCUGUGUGUGACAGAAGUGAUACUUCUUGCUUAUAACAUUAUUAGGUACAGGAAACAUAAUUCCCUUUGGCUGAGAUCGCAGAUAUAAAAGAAAUGUAUGCAAGUAUGUGAGCGCUAAAUUAUUCUAUUGUGCAAGUAUGCAAGUCUGCAAGUGUGCAAGUAUGCUGCAACAUUUCUACCUCUCCCCUGCCGGUUCCCCCACCACGUACCUAGCUAUUCCCCUCGUGCGAUCGGAAUUUUCUUAACGCUUGAAAAUUGCAGCUCCGUCAGCAAAGAAGUUUCAAUUAAAAGAAAAAAAAUAAUUAAUAUUUUUUACGUACAACCGCUUGAGUUUUUGUGUAAGCUUGUAAUUUUUUUGUAAAUUCCAGAUCUUGGCAUAUACUUGUGAAUGUCCUGGUGAAACAGAGCGUGUGGAGAGCAUUUUGGGAGAUAAAUUCUCUAAGAAGCCCGUGAGUUUUUUUUUUUUUUCGGAGUUUGUUGCAGUUGUCGGGAAACCUCCUAGCCUACCGCCUUUCAGCAGCAAAUGGAGCAUUACAAAAUGUGUGGGCGUCGCUUUACUCCAGCUUUUACCUCAGGAAGCAACUUAGUAGGUAAUACAUUUCUUUGCAAAUGAGAGACAGUGUAACAUAAAAGCUUUGCAUGUCAGUUGAAGAUUACGUAAUGUGCUAUUUAAAUAGUCUCGGGAUUGUUACGUACACCAUUUUGAAUUUUACGCUUCCGUACUUUAAAAGUUAUAAUAUAAUAUAAAGUAUUUCUUUUUUAAGAUUUUAAUGAUAAUAUGACUGUAGUUUUUAUACAGUAUUAAAUAAAAGCUUCAAAGUGAAGACAAAGGGUCUUAGAUAAACAUAUACGUAAGAAUAUAUUGCAGUUGUACUUACAUAUCUGUGUUUAUAUUGAAAUGAAAUCCUGACACCAAAAGUAAACAUAGUUACAGAAAUAGAGGCUAUUUGUGCAUUAAAUAAUACAUUAUAGAUUUACAAGAAAACAGUUUCUCUCAUUUUACAAUUUGUUCUUACAACAGUUGUUUAUAACUACUUGCUAUUAUUAUGACAUAAAGUGUGUGUAAGGUGUUGUGAGAUUUGAGAUUUUCUGUCUCGUGUGUGCAUGAAUAUGAAAGAAAAUAUUUUGAGAAGCGCAGUGAGGCAAACUGUUAACUAAUGUCUGAAAUGUGUAAAAAUACUGUUAUUGAAGUUUUAAAAGGAAGCUGUCGUAUUGUAUUGCAAAUGUUUCGCUUUAUUGAUGUUUUACUCAAACUGUACUUUUCUGGUAUGGUUUUAUUUAUGUAUUAUGUCUGCAUUUUUCAGUGCAAAUAUUUAAGUAAUUGAACAUUAUGUUAAAAAUUCUGGGUGAAAAAAAGCAAGCAUUCUGCAUCAUCAAAAUAAAACUCUUGAAUUUAAAAUCUCUUUCUGCGUUAACUCAUAAUAUUCAUAAUUUAUCAUUUACUUUUGUAAUUUUACUAGCAACAAAAUUUAAGCAUUUGUAAUUUUAUAUUUGCAUUUCUGUACAAUUAAACUCUGUUUUUGAAUAUAAAGCUGCAUAGGAUUAAUGCAAAAAUUCUUAUUCCUGCCAUCAUUCACAAUUCAUACAACAAAUAUUAAUACAUUUUUACGUUAAUGGACAUGUUAAAUGACUAAUAACAAUAAGUAAUAAUAUUAUACUGAUAAUGCAUUGAGUCACAUGUGAAUAUAUUCUAUCAUACAUAUCACUGAAUAAUUUAGUUUAUACUUUGUGAGACAUAGUUGAAAGAAAUUUUAAAGUGAUUGUCAUCAAUAUCCUAAAGAAAAUUAAAUUCUGCAAGCAAGCACUCGCUUCAAAUAACAUCUUUGGGUAAAAUCAACAAAAGCUAUUCAGUAAAUUGUAUAGUCUUCCCUUAAACUAUGAAAAAUGAAAGCCUUUAUAAAAAUUAAUGUAUAUUAAAAUGAGUUAGUUUAAAACCUGCAGCAUGGGCUAGGCUUUCACACACCCUAUAUCUUGGCUUUCACCCGCCCGAUCCAGCGAGACCUUGAGGCUUUCACCCGUCUAAUCCAGCGAUACCUUAGCUUUCACCCGCCCGAUCCAGCGAGACCUUGAGGCUUUCACCCGUCUAAUCCAGCGAUACCUUAGCUUUCACCCGCCCGAUCCAGCGAGACCUUGAGGCUUUCACCCGUCUAAUCCAGUGAUACCUUAGCUUUCACCCGCCCGAUCCAGCGAGACCUUGAGGCUUUCACCCGUCUAAUCCAGCGAUACCUUAGCUUUCACCCGCCCGAUCCAGCGAGACCUUGAGGCUUUCACCCGUCUAAUCCAGCAAUACCUUAGCUUUCACCCGCCCGAUCCAGCGAGACCUUGAGGCUUUCACCCGUCUAAUCCAGCGAUACCUUAGCUUUCACCCGCCCGAUCCAGCGAGACCUUGAGGCUUUCACCCGUCUAAUCCAGCGAUACCUUAGCUUUCACCCGCCCGAUCCAGCGAGACCUUGAGGCUUUCACCCGUCUAAUCCAGCGAUACCUUAGCUUUCACCCGCCCGAUCCAGCGAGACCUUGAGGCUUUCACCCGUCUAAUCCAGCGAUACCUUAGCUUUCACCCGCCCGAUCCAGCGAGACCUUGAGGCUUUCACCCGUCUAAUCCAGCGAUACCUUAGUUUUCACCCGCCCGAUCCAGCGAGACCUUGAGGCUUUCACCCGUCUAAUCCAGCGAUACCUUAGCUUUCACCCGCCCGAUCCAGCGAGACCUUGAGGCUUUCACCCGUCUAAUCCAGCGAUACCUUAGCUUUCACCCGCCCGAUCCAGCGAGACCUUGAGGCUUUCACCCGUCUAAUCCAGCGAUACCUUAGCUUUCACCCGCCCGAUCCAGCGAGACCUUGAGGCUUUCACCCGUCUAAUCCAGCGAUACCUUAGCUUUCACCCGCCCGAUCCAGCGAGACCUUGAGGCUUUCACCCGUCUAAUCCAGCGAUACCUUAGCUUUCACCCGCUCGAUCCAGUGAUACCUUAGCUUUCACCCGCCCGAUCCAGCGAGACCUUGGUGUUCACUUGUCUAAUCCAGCGAGUCCUUGGCCCGGUCCAGCAACACAGAAAUGUGGCCGUCCCUCCCCAAGAAGCAAUUAGAGAUUGUCACGGGAAUGCGACGGAACUUGCUGUUUGUUUCGUUUCAAACACAAGCCAUGUCUCUGUCAACAUUUCUUUUCUGAACCAUGCAAGUCUUGCACACUUUAAAAGAUUGCUUUUAUUUUUUUCUUGUUUGAAAUAAAUUGGCAGUUACAUUGUAGCAUAUUGUCUAAUUAAGUAUACUUUUAAUAAGUUUAUUUAUUUUUCUACUCUAUUAGUCUACCUGGAUUUUACUUUUCAUUUAUUUCAGUUGAGUAGAGUCAUUUUUAACAUUAAAAAGCAUUGGUAAUUUUCCCCCUCCAACAGUACCGGUACGAAUGUUAAUAUGAAUAACCAUAUAGCUCCAGAAUAGUAAGUUAGCAGACCAUCCACAUUAUUGGCUCACAAAUCAUAGAAUGCAACAUUCAUUUAGACAGAGUGAAUUCAACUGUAGGAGUUUUUUUUUUUUGUCAAUUUGGAUUCCCAUCGCAAUUUUUUUUAAGUAUCUACACAUAAAUUUUUUUGUUCUUUUGCAACACCUUGACAGAAUAUAAUUUCAAAAUAUGUACUAUACAAACUCUCGCUAUGCUACACAAUGUACAAUCUACUGUCCAGUAUUAAAUUUUUAACAUAUUUAAAGUUACCUUAAGAGAUUAUACAUUAAUGCAACUGUAUUGUAUUCAAGAAUGUCUCAUUUCUGAGGUCAUCUUAUGUUCAAGCAUUUUAUAUAUUAGAGAAUUUUAGUUUUUGUUUUAAAUGCUAACUCAUUGAUUAUGAUGUUAAACUGAAGAACAAAUGGCAUUGAAAAUUUCAAAUUAAACAUCAUUAAUCAUGAUUUUUCCUGCAACUUAUAUUUUUAAUAUUUUUAUUCGUAAAAUUGAAAUAAAUAUAUUUGUUGAACUAUGCCUGUGUACUAUCUAGUCAGCUCUAAGUUGUGUGAAAUGGACAACUGUCUGCAAUGUACAAUAAAUUUAGUAUAAUUACUUAUAAUUUAUUAUAUAUUUUGUAGGCGAUGGUCUGCUUGAAAUUGUGUAUUUUGUACCACCUCUGUUAAUGUCAUUAUGAUCAAAAUGCAUAAAAUUGUAUAUUGAAUUGUUCUGCAUAUAAAUUUACUGUUAAAUAAA